AUGAGACCUGUCGGUAUUUUGGGUGAUCCCGCGAAUCGGACCAUGAAUUUUGGAGAAAAAGUAGACAAAUUACCGACAUACUGUGAUCCUCCUAACCCUUGUCCCUUGGGCUACAAUCCGGACAGCCUUGCAACACCUUGCGAUAAAAACGUGCUAGAUACUAAAGAAUUCAACCAAAAAUGGAUAUGGGACAAGAUGCUUUCAGGCGAGUGCAAAUGUGAUACAGAGCACAUGAAGCACUGCCCUUGGCAGCCAAAAAACAAUGUAAAGUCAGACAAAGAUAACACUUCGGAAGAGCUAGAAAAGGUACGUCAAAAAAGUAUUCAUGCCAUUCACCUCAAAGUGAGUUACUGUGACAUGUUUCAUUUAAACUUUAUAUGUAUCUUUUUGAGGGAAUGA